AUUGACGUCAAUUAACCUUCACACUUUGCUCAAUAAUGCGUUGCAGAUAAAGUGACUCUUCAAGAAGGAAGUGAAAAUCGUAUGGCCGAAGCCAUUUCAACAGCGCAGCGUUUCAAUCGUGGAACGCGUUCUUUGUUUAUAUAUCACGACCUGCUUCAUUCCGUUUAUUUCAAAAGAACAUAUACGCGGAUAUGCACGACACGUUGUUUGGCUCCACCGACAGUUCGUUUUCGGGAUAUUUAAAGGUGGAAGAAGGCAAGAACAACUGGGUCGAGUAUUGGGGAACUCUUCGCGAUAAUUCCAUAUUACUGUACACGGAUAGAACAUCCGAGGAAAGUGGCGAAAAGGCGCUCAAAACCAUCGAACUUUCAAGCGACACACGAUGUGAAUUACUCCAAAGAAGAAAUUAUCACUUCCGCUUCAAACUAGUCGUUGGCGACCCAUCCCAUUUGUACAAGUUUAAAUGCACUUCGGCAUUUCAUCGACAGCAGUGGAUAUCUCGAAUCGUUUCGGCAUCGUCCAAGGACCGUGUUAUCGAUUUCAACGACUCUGGAGGGACAAACGAACGCGAAACUGACACGCAGAUCAUUCCUACGGCACCGCAAUUGAACCGAGACGAUGAAAGCUUGUACAACUCCCAUGUGGAUUCGGGUACCACUUCUCUGGACCGUGCGCGACAAAGUUUCUCACAUGCAAAAAAUCCUAAGGAAGUGGUUACGAAAGAACGCAGAGGAUCGGAAAGUCUACUGCGCAGACUCUCGUUUAGAACUAGUAAGAAACUGAGAAAGAACAGCAGUACUUCAUCGUCCGUCGAAAGAUCAUCGUCUCUUAAACAUAAAGAAACACAAGUAGACGACGUUGAAACUACGUCUGUCUGUUCCCCCAUGUUUUCUGAAAGAAGUUCGGAUGUUAUUCGAGUAUUUGAAAACCCUGCGUUCGCGGCUACCCCUCCCUCAAGCCCCGGUGUAAUGAGAAAAACCACAGUCUAAGAGUCCGUCGAAGUCGAUGUCCUAACUUAAAAGAAUUCAACUGGCGCAAUAAUAAUGUGAUGACAAGAUACGAAAUUCUCAAGGAAAUCAUUAGUGCUUUUACCAAACAGGAAUAUUCAAAUUUCCCUCAAUUUCCGUCCGUUUUCAAUGAAGCGUCCGUCUAGAUCUCAAUUACUGGAAUUUUUUGUGCCCGCGAACUGUCUUAGGUUUCGUACAAUCAGAGUGUGCGAUGAUAAUGACUAUCAGAGUGAUGAGUGAUGAUUGGCGACGACAAGGUGUUUGGUUAUCGAUACAUAAUGGCGUAGAGUUACUAGAGAGAAUGAAGGGCUCUGUCAUCAGUACGCAACUGAAAUAUUCAUAUAAACGACGCUCCUGUUUUUGUUAAUGUACACGUGUCAAAACUUGUAAAUACGCAUCAUGGAUUGUGCGCCAUGUUUUGUUAUGAAUAAAUAAUUUUUAAGGAUUUCUUCGGUAAAA